AUGAUAGUGAUAAGACUUCUUAAUAUUGCAGGGAAAGGCGUUCAAUCUAAGCUACAAAAUGCAUCAGUUCCUCCAAGUCAAAUUCAAACACAGAAGGGAGGUAUUUUGUCAUUUCACUUCAAUAAAAAAUGCAAGGUGCCCUACCAGUGAUAUAUUGUAAUUAAUUUUACAUCUUAACCUUUAGAGGAAUAGCUGUGGUUAACUAAUUUUUAAUAUCUAUCUUGCAGGAAAAAGCUUAGUGCCAAAGCCACAAGCAGGUAUACUUUUAUUAUUAUGAUGCCAUUUUGUUUCAAUGGAUCAUAGAUCAUUACAGAAAACACCCACACUUGUACCCCACAGAGGACAUUAGAAGUUUUCCACCUUCCUGUCUCUCCCUUCAGCCAUUCUAGUGCAAGUAAGUUACUAUUAUCACAUGUAGAAAGAGGCUGUAUUUUUUUCUGGAAUGACCUAGUUAGACAAUGUGUUGAACUAUCCUACCACUGAUUUAUUCUAAUUUUUACAGGUGAUCACUCUGUGGUCGACUGUGCCACUAAAUGCAUCAGUUCCUCCAAGUCAAAGACAGAAACAAGGUAUUUUUUAUUUUGUCAUUUCACUCAAUAAAAAUGCAAAGUGUUCUACCAGUGAUACAUUGUAAUUAAUGUUACAUCUUAACCUUGCAGGAAUAAUAUUAAGCUGUGGUAACUAAUUUUUCAUGUCUAUCUUGCAGGAAAUAGCUCAGUAACAAAGCCACAAAAUGUAUCUUUCCCUCCAAUUGAAAGUCGAACACAACAAGCAGGUAUAUUUUUACUAUCAUGCCAUUUUAUUUCAAUGGAUCAUUACAGAGGACAUUAGAAGCUUACCACCUCCCAGUCUCUUCUUUCAGCCAUCCUAGUACAAGUUAGUACUAUCACAAGUAGAAAGACGCUGUAUUUUUUCUGAAAUGACCCAGUUGGACAUUGAUACAAGGUGUUGAACUGUCCUAACACUGAUUUAUUCUAAUUUUUUCAGGCAAAAGCUCUGUGACUGUGCCACUAAAUGCAUCAGUUCAUCAAAGUCUGAUGCAGCAAGCAGGUAAUAUAUUAUUGAUCAUGUCUUUUCAUUCCAGUUACAUACAAGGUGCCCGAGCAUUGUGCCUUUAGUCCUGUGGCACUGUGCUCGAUUAUCUAAUCACACCCUGUUCAUGGCUAGUUAAAGGGGAAGCGGGAAGCUUAUAGUUUAGCACCUGAACGAUUUUUAGAAUCAAGUUCUUUGUUUGCAUGGCGAUAAAACAUAUUACUAUUGUUUGUGGAAACACCACGUAAAUUUAUUACUGCAAUGGUUUCGAUCCAUAAGCCCGGAUCUUCAUCAGUGCUAAUAAUAUGUGACUAGUUCAAUUCACACGCCCUUUUCUAAUACCAAAGUGUUGUGAUAUGUUGGAUAGCGUCAUUUGAAAUUUAAUUAAGUGGUACAUCAACCCCCAUUUCAAACAUAGUCAAGUGAUUCUAAUUGAACUAGUCGCAUAUUAUUAGCAAUGAUGAAGAUUCGAGCUUACGGAUCGAAAGAUUUACAGUAAUAAAUUUACGUGGUCUUUCCACAAACAAUAGUAUUAGAUGAUUUUUAGAUUUGUUUUACAAUGAAUUACUCAUCUAUUCAUUUCAGCUGCCCAAAUCAAUCCAUCGAAGCUUAAACAUUAGGUAUACGCAAUGCAAUGUCGGAUACAGGUGGGUCAAAUAUUCAUUGUCUGACAGUGACGUGUCCUAAGAACUUUUAAGGUCUAUUCAUAAUUAGUAUAUAUUAAAUUCUCUGUUUCAGGGGUGGAUCCAGCAAGGUUUUUCUAGGGGGUGCUGGGUGGGCAGCCGAGUGUUUUUUUAUAAGUCUUUAAAAAACUCGUAAUUCAGGAGCAAAACAAAGAAAAAUCAUAAGCAUGUCGUGGUUUUUUGUGAUAAAAAAUCAUCUCGGUUUAGACAAAGUUUAUUUUAAAAAUUACUUUGCCAAUGAACUUGUAUGAGAUGAGUCGUUUUUUAAGCCAUUUAAUUUUUAAAGCACUUGUAGUCGUGUUUUAUCACAUAUAAAAUACUCUGCUACGCGUCGUGUUUUAUAUGUGAUAAAACACUCCUACACGUGCUUUGAAUAGUACUUAGGGGCUAGUGGGAGAGAAUUAAAAUGAAUUGGGUUCCUAACGACUCGAAAGGCGCUACCUCCAUAGGGGGUUCAGGGAUAUGCCCCCUGGAAAAUGUUGAAAAUUAGAACCCUAGAAAUGCCAUUUCCUGCAAUAUGGGCAUUGAAUUAUGAGCUUCAGUUUGACUUCAAAAAAUGAAAAACCUUGAAAAGCAUGCCAUAUUUCUGAAUUUUAUUUUUUACACCCCCCCUUGCACCCCUGUUGAUCAAGGACAACAGGGGUGUGCACCCCUUACCCCCUGUAAAUCCACUCCUGCUCUCUUUCAGAUACAGAGGUGAAAAUGUUGUUUGCUAAUUGACCAAUAUAAAUCAUUCGAGGGGAAAAUCAAGAAGAAGAAACGUCUGUGGGCAAAGAUAGGUGAAAUCAUAGAACAACAUGGGUACUGUUAUACAGCUGAACAGUGUGAGGGGAGGUGGAAAACACUUGUCAGAGGUGCAAAAAAGGCAGCUGAUCACAAUUCUAAAUCGGGAAAUGACCUAAAAACGCAUCCAUAUGAAGAUGAACUUGAGUUUUACUCUGAACGACCCAACAUUAAGCCGGCAUAUCUAGUUAGCAGCUCGGGAGCCUCGGUUGAUUUGGAAAGUAUUCAAGAGGAUAAUGAAGAAGAUAGGUACCCGUUCCAUAUCUCCUGUUCCUGCUCCUGCAAAGAAGAGACGUUCAAAUGUUUCUGA